UUUGAUGAUAAAAGCUAUGGUGUUUGCUCUAUCUUCUCCCGGCGUCGCCUUUCAACUUCACUCUCCGCCGUUGUCAUCGUCGUCAGAUUUAUCCGCCAAGAGAUUUCUGUUUUGGAAUCAGAACGCUAGUCCUUGCGUUCUGUCUCUUCCUAAUCAUCGUCCUUCUCGCUCUUUACUUGUUUUUGCUCGUGGGAAGAGCCGGAAGGGAUUCGCAGCUUCGUCUUCUUCUUCCCCGAAGAGGAACAAAAAGAAAAGUUUCGAGGGAGAUGAUAAUGGAGGAGGUGAGGAGGAGGAUGAUCCAUUUGAGGCACUUUUUAAUCUACUGGAAGAAGAUUUGAAUAAUGAUAAAGCGUCAAUAGAUGAUGAGGAGAUAAGCGAGGAAGACUUAGAUGCACUAGCAGCAGAGUUAGCUGAAGCAUUGGGUGGUGGUGAUGAUAUUGAUGGCAUCGACUUGUUCGGUUCAGCUACUGGCGAUGUUGUUGAUCAUGAGGAUGACGAUGACAGCGAGGAUGAUGACAUCGAAGAAGAUGAAAGACCUGCUAAGCUGAAGAAUUGGCAGCUUAGAAGAUUGGCUUAUGCAUUGAAAUCUGGACGCCGUAAAACUAGUAUUAAAAAUCUGGCAGCAGAGCUUUGUCUUGACAGGGCUUAUGUUAUUGAAUUGCUACGUGACCCGCCUCCGAAGCUUCUGAUGCUAAGCGCUACACUGCCAGAUGAAAAAUCGCCUGUAAGAGCACCUGAAAACUCAUCACCUGAUCCAAUUCCUGUGGAUUCAUCUGAAGAUGUUGUUGCGGUCGAACCUGAGGAAAAAGUAAAAGACGAAGCAGUCCAUGUGAUGCAACAGAGAUGGUCUGCUCAGAAAAGAGUGAAGAAAGCUCACAUUGAAACACUAGAAAAAGUUUACAGAAGAUCAAAACGACCCACUAAUGCUGUGGUUAGCAGCAUUGUUCAAGUGACAAAUCUUCCGAGGAAGCGAGUUUUGAAGUGGUUCGAAGAUAGACGAGCAGAGGACGGGGUUCCAGAGAAGCGAGCUCCAUAUCAAGCUCCGGUUUGAUUCAAUGUUAUAGCGAGAUGGGCAAUGAGUUGCUUUCAGAUCAACAUAGUCAUCAAGGACAUUUUUUGGUUAUAAGAGGUGUGUUCAAUGUUCAUAUUUUGUAGAUUCAAUCGAAUGGUGGGGCUUAUAUGUUAAGCUAAGAGUUUAUAGGAUUCUUAGAUUUCAUUUUCUGGUUUAUCUUUACUGAAAUUUUAUGUCCAAUUUUCCAAGUAAUGUGUAAUAAACUGAUAUAUCAGUUUCAUAUGUAAACAGUUUUUUUUUUUUCGUU